UAGCUCUAUUUUUAGUGGAUUCUCCGCUUCGCUUCUCGACGCCUCCCUCGUUUCGCCAAUUCGAGGAAGAGCGGAAAAGAAGAAGCAGCGAAAGAAGAAGAAAUAGGAGCGAAAGGAUCUUCUUCUUCUCCGGCUCAUGGGUUCGAGUUGUUCGGGAUCUCGGCAUCGUCGUCCGGGUUGCGAGCGGUGGUGGAAGCAGCCGCGGGACCUGGCGAGAUUUUGAUCCAGGAUCCGAUCUUUGCCGGACCUUUUUUUACUUGUUUAUUUCUUGAUUUCAUCUCCUAUUUCGUUCUGGGCGUGUGAUUAUUCGGUGUAAGAGGUGGGUGGCGAUGUCGAGCUGGAGGUAUCGGGCCGGGUUGUUUCUCAUAGUUGGGGUGGUCGUCAUUUGGGUCGCCUCAGCCGAAGUCACACAGGGUAUAUUUAUUGAUUAUCAACAACCAUUUGCUAUCACUUACUUGGGAGCCUCUCUUAUGGUUGUUUACCUACCAGUAUCUUUCCUCAGAGAUUGGGUGUACAGUUUACUGAGAAAACAUCCUUCCAGAAGCGACAAGUUAUCAUCUGGAAUUAACUCUUCCCCAAAGCAUAGCCAAAGGUUGAUUGAAAUGGAAGCGCAAUCUCUUUUAGUGAAAAAAGAAAUUGGAAUUGACCUUUCAGCACGAAAAGAGGAACAAUCACUAAUAUCUCAAAUUAAAGAUGAUGUGGAUAUUGAAAUGCUGAAGGAAAGAAAAGCAGUCACUACUAAGGAGAUGAUAACAUACUCAAUCUAUCUUGCCCCUAUUUGGUUUGUGACAGAGUACUUAUCAAAUGCAGCACUUGCAAGAACCAGCGUAGCAAGUACUACUGUGUUAUCAUCAACAUCAUGUCUCUUUACUCUUUUUAUUGGCGUGCUUCUACGACAAGACUCCUUGAAUAUGUCAAAAGUGAUUGCUGUAUUUGUUUGCAUGGCUGGCGUUGUGAUGACUACAUUUGGCAAGACUUGGGCUACAGAUGAAUCAGAGCUCAGUGCUGCUAGUAAUGGAAAACGAUCGCUUGUAGGGGAUAUUUUCGGUCUUCUUUCAGCAAUGACUUAUGGUCUAUUUACUGUGCUCCUAAAAAAGUUUGCAGGAGAGGAAGGAGAAGGAGUUGAUGUUCAGAAGCUAUUUGGAUAUGUUGGACUAUUUACACUAGUAGCUUUGUGGUGGCUUGUGUGGCCAUUGACUGCUCUAGGGAUUGAGCCUAAGUUCAGGAUACCACAUUCUGCUAAAAUGGAUGAAAUUGUGCUUGCUAAUGGCUUUAUCGGAAGUGUUCUUUCAGAUUACUUCUGGGCAUUGUGUGUCGUAUGGACAACGCCUUUGGUGGCAACAUUGGGCAUGUCACUUACAAUACCACUUGCUAUGUUAGCUGAUAUGAUGAUUCAUGGUCGACAAUAUUCAGCAGUCUACAUCCUUGGCUCAACUCAGGUUUUUGCUGGGUUUGUCGUAGCCAAUCUGUCGGACCGGCUAUCAAGGUUCAUAGGUUUCUAGCAUUUUUACUAUAACACCGCUCGUGAUAGGGCGAUUCUUUACCAAGGAAUUGUUCGUAUUCUUUUCGAGAAGUCGGAAGUUGAACUGACUCGAGAUUGAAACUCACAUUUGGUUUUGCUCUCUUAAACGAAUUGCGUAAACGCUUUCGUUUUGGACUGAUGUCGACACAUGGGAAGAACUAAACAAAAGUUUAUCAAGAGGUUUCUUACUGCUGUUCUUAAUUACUGAUUCUGUAGAAUUAAUUAUAUAUUUUUAAAAAGUUGUAUAUAGAUUCCAUAUAGGAAAUUUAUGUAAGUUCGAAUAAUUUUUUCUGUUUUGAAUUAUGAUUCAUUUGUGCAAGUUUGAAAUAACUUGGAAAAUCUUUAACGUGUUUCUAGAAUAAGAUAACUUUUGGGAUUUAUAUUGAA